GCUCAGUCAUUGCCCCACCCUAAGUCACACCCUUCUCUAUACCCCACCCUAGUCUCUCACUCCUGGUAACUCAAUGCACUGAGAGGACCCAGACAUGAAGGUAUGGAGGUGGAUCUUCUGGUUCCCUGUGCUGGGGUUGCCCAGUCACACAGCACAGAAUCCAUCUCAGAACUUUCCUGGCCAUUUUCAGCUCAGUACUGAUUUUUGGGGGAUUUUUCGGAAGCUUAUCAUUAUUGCUACAGUCGUGACUAUUUCAGCAUUUGCCAUUUUCUUCUGGACAACUAUGCUUGUUCUAAAACUGCCAAUUUAUCAAGUUAAUUCACAGCAAAUUUCUGAGAAGAUCAAUAAUGCCAUAAAGGAAAAUGCAGAACUUAUGCAAAAAAUUUCUGUUUUGGAACAGAAGAUCACUGAAUCAAAAAAAUGUCUUCUUGAGACUAACAGACAAAAAGAGAUGGUCUCUGAUGAACCAAUGAAACUUAAGGCAUUUGAAAAAGGGAAAUCUGAAAACUUGAAAGAAGUUAUUUCAAUGAACUCGGGAAUUUCAGAGCUGUUAAAGUUGGAAGAUGAAAAUGAUGGAGUCAAGGAUUUACAGCUGAGAGCCUUGAGGGCCAAAAUAUGGAUGCUGGAAGAAAGUAAAAAGAACCUGGAAAAAAGCUGUAAUACCUUGAAGUCCGUGAAAGCAGCAAAGGAAGCUGAAAUCAAACUGAUGGAUAUGAAUAUGGAGAGUUUUCAUGAAAUCUACAAACUGAAGGUGGCAGCUGCUGCAAAGAAGAUGGCAGGGAAACAAGAGUGGAUGGAAAAGGAGAUGAAGCUGUCAGAGAAAGAGGAGAAUUUGAAACAGGCUGAAGAAGAAAUUGAGAACUAUGUGAGAAGACUGCAAGAAAUUCAGGCUCAGCAGCAGCAAGAAAAGGAGACCUUCAGACAGGAGAUUGCUGUUCAUAAAAAAAAGACUCAUGACAUUGAGCUCAGGGCUCAAGCUCUGGAGCGGGAGUUGAUGGUGCAGAAGAGGGAGACUGCCCAUUUGAAACACAGAUUGGAAAUAAUGCAGGCAGAGGAAUCCAGGAGGCAGAAGCCAGUGUCAGGGGGACCUGGCUGGGAGAACCCUCCACAGAGAGAUUCCACAACUUGUGCAGGUUACAUGAAGAACCAAGGUUCAUCCCCUGCUGAGGACACCAGGAAGGAACAGGUCAACAUGGCUACAGGAGGACCUCCUCCUUUCCCAAGACCACCCUACAUGCCCUACCACAUGGGGGGCUACAGAGAAUCCUUCAUGGGCUAUCCGCCACCUCCUCCACCCUGGUGGAUUCCAAGACCUCAGCCAGCACCUCUGUCUCCAGAAUUUGGAGAGCCAUUGUGGAAUUGGAACAGGAAACUCAGCUAUCCGGAACAGGCUGUGCCUGUGGGUCAAAAAGCCACCUGAUGCCCAUUUUCUGAAUGUUUUCCCUGUCCCACAAGGACUCUUCCUCUCUUAUCUGUCUGAGUAAUUUCCCUAAUAAACCUUGUGUGGUGCUG